GGGUCCGAACCCAUCGUCCCCAGCGAGGUGAAGGGGAGGCGGUUGGGGGUCGUUGCCGCGCUUCUGCCCCGGUGCUCAGCGGAGGUGGCUACGGCGCCGGCGGCCCAGGGUGUGGCGGGGACGACCCCUGAUUCCCGGGGACCGCCGGCUGUUCGAGCCCUGCCGGGCGCGCGCGCGCCGAGGCGGAGGGUCGGGGAAGCGUGGCCCCAGAGGCGGGCCACGGGGUAGGGUGAGCGAGGGGAAAACACAAGGAAAGCGAAGUGCGGGUGGCUGUGAAGUGCCCUCAGCUUCAGGCGCCGUGCGGGUCUGAUCCGAAGAUCAUGCCUGGUGGAUCCUUUUCGGAAGGAAAAAGAAUAAUAUAUAUUCCUUAAAGUGUGGAGAGCGCUUGCACCUGGGGUCCGAAAUUGAGGUGCACGGGAGUAUAUAGAAUUUAAGCCUUCUCUCAGAAGUGUAUUGGUAGAGUUAAAGAAGAAGACAGCCAACCAAAGGUCAUCUGAAAUUGUGACUGGCUGAUAAUCCCAGAACAAAAUUAGAGACCACUACUCAAGCAUAAGGCCUCCACGAAGAUGUUUGAUUUAAAGGCUUGGGCUGAGUAUGUUGUGGAAUGGGCUGCAAAGGACCCAUAUGGCUUCCUUACAACAGUUAUUUUGGCUCUGACUCCAUUGUUUCUAGCAAGUGCUGUGCUAUCUUGGAAAUUGGCCAAGAUGAUUGAGGCCAGGGAAAAGGAGCAAAAGAAGAAACAAAAACGUCAAGAAAAUAUUGCAAAAGCUAAACGACUAAAAAAGGAUUGAAGGAAUGAACAGGCUGUGCGUCCAGAGGAAAAUUGUUUGGAAAAUUAUGCAUCUUUGAAAGGACCUAUUAAGGUUUCUUUUUGGAUCUUAUGACAGUAUUACUAAAUGAAGUCCGAGUCUGUGGAAGAAUCAUGUCAGUUCUCACCUGUACUGUAGCAACUUUUCGGCUUCGGUAUAGAACUCUGUUGACAGUUACUGUAAAUCGGGAUUUAUUAUGCUACAGAUUCUUAUAACUGACUUUCAUUUGCCUUUUUGCAGCUUAUGUGUGAAUACUAAAAUGAAAACAUCCUGUGAAGAAAAGUGGCUUUAGAUUAUGAACUGUAUUCAAAAAUGGCUUAAAAUGUGGUUCUGUUCUGGACAAAGAUUAAGAAUGUAAAAAUCAAGAGUUGUUCUGAGCAGAAAAGCGUGGUUUGGCUUAAAAGAUAUAUGGUGUAUUAAUUACAUCUCUUUAUCAUUACUUAUUUCUUGGAAUAGAAUCAUUUCUGGUUUCCUCAAAGCAAAAUAAUAUUAUUCAAUGAGUACUUCUUUAUUUUCUGUAUUUUUCUUAUUUUAGCUUUUGAGAUACUGGUAAUUACCAGAUAGUCUGCAUUUUUAAAAAUCUAAUUUUAUAAAGAAUUGUCUUGACUAUGUAGAAUACCACCUACUGGAUAUAAUCAUUUUUGUACUUAUGAACACUGCCAUUUUCUUAGAGAUGACUUGAGUAGAGUAACACUAUGAUUUAAAGCUUAAGAGUAAAAAUGCCAAACCUUGGAACCAGUUUAUUCUCACUUGUGCUAAGUAGAAAUGUGAAGUAGUUAACAUGUCUUAUCAGAUAAUUUGCUGAUUAUAUAGAUACCACUUUUGUUUUUUAUUCCAUUCUUUGUUUUAAUUCAGGUGGUGGUGAUGUCCUUUACUUUUUGAUCGGACAGGUUCACAGUGAAAAUUAAAAUUUCAACUUUCUUUUAAGGAGCUUUUAAAGAGUUACAGUUAUGUUAUAUGUCAUAAAUGGUAAACAAUAUCCUCUUAAUAUUUGGAAAAAUUUUGUUUGCAUUGUAUUAAUUGGGUGAAAAAAGUGUAAAUUGUGUCAAAAUGAGAAUGUUAUAAUUAGAAAUAAAGAGGUAAAGGAUAUUUCCUUCAGUUAAAUAGUAUAAUUGGAACUUUUUACUCUUUAACAUGGCUUUUUUAAAUGCAUGGUUGAUAAUUUUGUUUUCAGUAAUAGCUUAUUAAUGUUUUCCUCACCUCUAAUAAUGAAUUUUAAUUUGCAAAAAAUUGUCCAAUAGCUUUAAUUUAAAAAUGAAACUAGAUAUUGAAAUAAAUUUGAUACUUUUUUAUAAA